UUAGUUGUAGAAGGACUUUCAUAUAGCUGUUCUAUUUGCAGAAAAUGCUUUAAAACAAAAAGGGGUUUAAUGCGCCACGAUGCUAUUGUUCAUGGAUAUAAUAAAAACCCUUCUGGCUUACAAAGAGUAUUAAUACCAUGUACAUUAAGUCAGUUUUAUAGUAUAUUUAAAGGUUAUAUUCAUCGUCGGUUUUCAAAAUCUGGAAGAGUAAGAUGUAUAUUUCAGGGUGAAAAUGCAUAUUCUAUAAUUGGCCAAAUCUUGAAUGAUGAACAAUGGGGAAUCAAGUAUUUUGCUAAUAAUCAACAAACUUAUGUUAUCUUUCGGCCUUCUCAUGAACGAGCACCAUGUUCUAAGCAAAAACAAGUUAAACUAAGAAUUAUGCAAGUUGUAGUAGACUGUUAUCAAAAAGCUAAAGCUGAUACACAUGAACAUAUUACUUGGUCCGG